ACAUGUGGCUCAAGGCAGAGCAUGAGAAGCACGCAGCCCCUGGUGGGGAAGGGACUGGUACACGUGCUUAGAGACCAGGUCAUGUCUGCACCUGCCCCAGUUGCUUGGCAGAUUGGCAAGGCAGGCUGGCAGGGCCUGUGCGUGGGAGGCAGCCGGCGGCAGCACCAUGUGCUAACGACCUCACAGCCACACUCCCCCUGGUUAGCACUGAGUGUCAGAACCACCCCCAGAACCUCAGUUAAGCAAAGGGGUUGGUUUCCAUGGAGACACAGCAUCCUUUCUCCAUGGCAACCUGAAAUCCCAAAACCCAAGUUAGACUCAGGAAUGAGUCAUGUGUGACCAGUAGGGGGUGCUCUCCCACAAGGCUGACCCACAGGGCAGGGACAGAUGAGCAACUGACCACAGACUUAAGGUGACCCAAAGGCGAGGCUUGUGCCUAUGGGGACUGAGCCAGUUGUGCUUAACCCCUCCCCACCCAGCUGCACUGUGUGAGGAGGCUGGCAGACUGCAGGAAGCACUGUGCAGAGGUGGUGCCCUGCAGCUGGGGCUCCCAGAGUGGCGCUGGCAUGGAAGGGAUCCUUGCUUCUUGAACCUGGGACUAGAACAGUGAGCCAGCUGUCACUGGCCAGGAGGAAUGGGGCCAGGCAGAGUGGACACACAAGAGUUAACGGUUGGGGUGUGACAGGGCGAACCGCCCUCAGGAAGUGUUACUCACCACCGGGAAUGUGCACGCCUGUGCCUUGGGGGCUGGAUUCUCUUCCUGAGUCAGAGAAGCCAAAGGAGCUCCCAGCCAUGGAAGACGCUGGGCAGCCAGGAACACACCCUCUCAGAGACCCCUGCCGGAGCUUCACUCCCGGGCACCUGGAGAGAGAAAAGCCAGCCCAGGACCCGCUGUACGACACACCAGACAGCAGCCGGGAGCAGACAGGUGGGCCCCAGCAGCCGGCGCGCACUGUGAGCCUGCGGGAGCGCCUGCUGCUCACCCGACCCGUGUGGCUGCAGCUACGGGCCAAUGCAGCAGCUGCGCUGCAUGUGCUGAGGACCGAGCCCCCAGGGACAUUCCUGGUGCGGAAAUCGAACACUCGCCAGUGCCAGACUCUGUGCGUGCGGCUACCAGAGGCCAGUGGCCCCUCUUUCGUCUCCAGCCACUACAUCCAGGAAAGCUCUGAGGGCGUAUCCUUGGAGGGCUCGGAUCUCAUGUUCCCCGACCUUGUUCAGCUCAUCUGUGCCUACUGCCACACCCGAGACAUUCUUCUCCUCCCGCUCCGGCUCCCCAGAGCCAUACACCAGGCAGCCACCCACAAGGAGCUGGAGGCUAUCUCCCAUCUGGGCAUUGAGUUCUGGAGUUCCUCUCUCAACACCAAAGCUCCGCAGGGUCCACCUGAAGGCCCACCCCUGCCCAGGCUGAAGGCCCGAUCCCCUCAGGAGCUGGACCAGGGCACUGGCGCUGCCCUCUGCUUCUUCAACCCCCUGUUCCCAGGAGACCUGGGCCCCACCAAGCGAGAGAGAUUCAAGAGGAGCUUCAAAGUGCGGGUGUCCACAGAGACCUCUAGUCCCCUGUCACCACCUGCUGUGCCACCUCCCCCAGUCCCUGUGCUGCCAGGGGCUGACCCCAGUCACACAGAAAGGCUGCCCCCUGGGCGGCUUCUGAGAAGGGAGAGCUCAGUGGGGUACCGUGUGCCUGGAGGCACCAGCCAUGUCCUCCCACUCCUGCCCUCCCUCCAGGAGGUGGACUGUGGCUCUCCCAGCAGCUCUGAGGAAGAGGGGCCAGCUGGGUCCAGGGGGAGUCCCAUGACAUCCCCUGGCCUUGGCCGCCGCAGGCCUCUGCUCCGGUCCAUGAGCACUGCUUUCUGCUCCCUGCUGGCUCCCGAGCGGCAGGUGGGCCGAGUAGCUGCAGUGUUGAUGCAGGACAGACACACAGCUGUGGGCCAGUUGGUGCAGGACCUACUGACCCAGGUGCGAGCCAGCCCGGAGCCCCAAGAGCUGCAGGGCAUCCGCCAGGCACUGAGCCGGGCCCGGGCCAUGCUGAGCGCAGAGCUGGGCCCUGAGAAGCUGCUACCGCCAGAGAGGCUGGAACACAUCCUGGAGAAGUCCCUGCAUCGCUCAGUGCUCAAGCCUCUCCGGCCCAUCCUGGCAGCCCGCCUGCGGCACCGGUUUUCUGCAGAUGGCUCCCUUGGCCGCCUGGCUGAGGGCCUCCGCGUGGCCCGAGUGCAAGGCCCUGGAGCCUUCGCGUCCCACCUGAGCCUGCCCUCCCCGGCGGAGACCGAGCAGGUGCGCCAGAAGCUGCUGCAGCUGCUCCGCACCUACUCACCCAGUGCCCAGGUGAAGCGGCUCUUGCAGGCCUGCAAGUUGCUCUACACGGCCCUGAGGACCCACGUGGGGGAGGGCACAGGCGCAGAUGAGUUCCUGCCUCUGCUGAGCCUUGUCUUGGCCCAGUGUGACCUUCCUGACCUCCUGCUAGAAGCCGAGUACAUGUCGGAGCUGCUGGAGCCAGCUCUGCUCACUGGAGAGGGUGGCUACUACCUUACCAGCCUGUCGGCCAGUCUGACCCUGCUGAGCAGCCUAGGCCAGGCCCACACCCUCCCCCUCAACCCCUCCCAGGAGCUGCAGCGCUCCCUGAGCCUCUGGGAGCAGCGCCGCCUGCCUUCCACCCUCCAUUUCCAGCACCUCCUUCGAGUAGCCUACCAGGAUCCUGGCAGCGGUUGUACCUCCAAGACUCUAGCUGUGCCUCCUGGGGCCUCAAUUGCCACCCUGAACCAGCUCUGUGCCACUAAGUUUCGAGUCAGCCAGCCAGAUGUUUUUGGCCUAUUCCUGUACAAGGAGCAGAACUACCACCGCCUGCAGCCUGGAGCCCUGGCCCACAAGCUUCCCACAGAUGGCUAUCUGGUCUACCGCCGGGCAGAGCGGCCUGGGACCCCAGGGACUGCAGCAGAGGAGGCAGGCAGUGGGCAGCCAGUGUCAGGUAGCCAGAAUGAGGAGAAGGGGGUACAGGGAGAUGAGGAUGUGGAAGCCAGAGCCAGCCCCAGGGACACUGGGGGAGAGUCAGAGACAACUGCUGAGGGAAGAGAGGGUUAGGUCAGGGGGAACCUUCAAGAGCCAGAGGCUGCGGGAGCCAAGCAGCAGAGGAGUAGCUAGAAGGGGCCAGAAGCAUCACCUGGGGCAGAAGCCUCUGAGCUGGUGGGGAAGGCCUUCGUAGCCAUCAACCCCACCCUCCAAGGCCACAGCCUUCUUGGCAACCCCAUCCAGCCAUCUCUGGUGUCCGCCACCACCUCUGAGUGGCACUUAUCUCCGUGAGCCUAUCUGCCAAGGAGCUGGGAGACUGGCCACUUCUGAGUAACUAGAGUAAAGUUGAGGAGGUUUGGGGGAUCCCAGACUGUGUUCAAGCA